CGCACCCUGCCUGCCCCUGUGGAUCACAGUCCUCAUAGCGCCCAUUGCGGUACUGGUCAUGCAAAUGUACAGAUGGAUGAUUCAGAGAGCUUUUCGGAAAAUCAAGCAGCAGGAUUUCAGCGGAGCAUCACAAAUACAGAAGAAGAUAUCGUGACCAACAUUGGAAGCGUCAAUGAAGCUGGAGUUAAUUACAAUCUGAAGCCAAUAUCUGCGUACCUCGUUCUCUAAUCUGAAUCCGACCUCUGGCAUAUAUUUGGAGAGGAAUUCUGAUAUACAAAUGGUUUGAAACUCUUUUGGACACUAUCUUUUUAAGCUCAUGUAUAUAUUGU